GCAAGCGCAUGCGCCAUCUUUGAGCGCUGUGUGCCGGUGAAGGGGCGUGUCUUGUGAGUGAGCGGCGUGCUGAAGAAGGAAGUGAUUGUGUAGUCAGAGCAGCCACGAUGGUAAAGAAUAAGACCAAAUCAUCAGAGAAAAAGGAGAAAAAGAAGACUGUUUCAGAAAGCAGUAUGGAAGUACCAAAGGCUAAAAAGAAGAAAUUGAAUCCCAAGGUUUCAGAAGACCCAGAUUCUUUAAUAUCUAAGCCAGAGGCACGUGCAGUACAUGGCAACAACAUGGAGGAAGGUCAGAACAAUUUGGACAUAGAGGACCUUACUCCAGAGGAGCGCAGGGUUCUGGAAAGAAAGCUCAAAAAGGAGCGCAAGAAGGAGGAAAAAAAGCUUAAGAAGGAGAAAGAAGGUCUUGCUGAGGAAAAAAAAGAAGAGCCAUCUAAGCCUUCUGCUGCAGAUCUUGCAUUGCAGUACUUGAAAAGUUGGUCCAAAAAACAUGAAUGGAAGUUUCAAAAAACAAGGCAAACGUGGCUCCUCAUGAACAUGUAUGACCAAGAGAAGGUUCCUGACAAGUACUUUCAGAUUAUGUUGGACUACUUGGGUGGUCUGAAAGGCAGUGCACGUGAAACCACCAUACAGAAAGCUGAGGCUUAUAUGAAGGAGUGUGAUAGCGAUGAGACACAGGAAGAGGCCAACUCACAUAGGAGAGAAAGGAUUCGAGAAGUCCUACAGUUUUUGUCAUAGUGCUUUGGAAAUUCUACACGCCCUUCAGAUUGUAGAAUAUCAUGUUUUAUUUGUACCAAAACCAUUCCUAUGCAAAUUUAACUAUCUGUGAUUUGAUAUAGAAGUUUCUCUUGAAGCUGACAUUUAAAAUUCUUCCUUUAUUAUUAUGUCCUGAUGUUUAUCUGAUACGCCAUUUAGAGAUGUCUGUGUUCUACUUUCCCAGUAGAUGUAUCUAGUCUCCUUUUUGAAGCUCUAUAUGAUUAAAGCUAACCAUGUCAGUGC